AUGCAACCCUUCAGACGCGAGCACUACGCCCAGAAGAAAGGCAACAUGUUCGACGGACUCGCGGGGAAGCGGGAGCCGCUGGUGAUCAUCGACUUUGGGACGGCACCCGACUCUGGGAACGACUCCGAUGAGACUCGUCGACACAAGCCGGCUUCAAGCUGGAAGCGCAAGGGCAAGCUGUACCUUGUCCGCGACGGCGUCAGCGAAGACGGGCUACUAGACAUACUCACCUAUCAUCAAGUCCCGGUCCACUUUCUGGGCUUCCCCAUUAAGAAUGCUUACCGACUUGCCCUAGCUUUGCUACAAUCAUCCGUUUCGAUGUGA